AUGGCUGAUCAAUUAACUGCUGAGCAAAUAGCAGAAUUUCAGGAAGCCUUCUCUCUAUUCGACAAAGAUGGUGACGGUCGUAUUUCUGGAAAAGAACUCGGUACCGUAAUGCGUUCCUUGGGACAUAAUCCUACCGAAGCCGAAAUUGCCGAAUUGGUAGCUCGUACUACUGAUUCAGGAAUCCCAGGAAUGUCUGGUGCCAAUCCUGAUGGCACUGCUGGUGACGUUUGCAAUUUGAAUGAGGCUACUGCUGGGACUAUUGAUUUUGUUGAAUUUCUUGGUCUUAUGGCUAGCAGAAUUGGUACCGUAGCCAACACAGAAGAAGAAGUACGGGAAGCUUUCCGGGUUUUCGACCGUGCCGGAAAUGGUAUAAUUUCUGCGGCAGAACUUCGGCACAUUAUGACCAAUUUGGGCGAAAAGUUGACCCAAGAAGAAGUUGAUGAAAUGAUUAGAGAAGCCGAUAUCGAUGGCGAUGGACAGAUUAAUUAUGAAGAAUUCGUUACUAUGAUGAUGGCCAAAUAA